GCCAAGUAGUUUGUCAUAAAGAGGCUUCCGUAGUUCUGCAUGCUGUUAGCAUCCAGCGCAGCAUCGUCACGUCCCGUCAGAAACAUCUUAACACAUUCUAAGACAUUUCAAUCGCUUCUCGGCAGAAAUUAUUCACCUUUGUGCCGAAAUUGAAAGCCGCUUUUUUUGUUUUUGUUUUCGGUUUCGAUUGUCGCGGUUUAGCUAGCAGGCCGGUGUUAGCACGCUAUCAGGUUAGCACGCUACAGCUAACGGACCUCAGCGUUAUAAGCCGACAUUUGUGUGAGCCAAAGUCCACGUUUGGGCUUUUUCUUUAGAGGGGACGCGAAUCACCGACGCAGCGGCACAAUGAACGUGGCGAAAAGUGGAUACCGAGUUUUCUCCGCUAACUCCUCCGCAGCUUGCACACAGCUGGCUAAGAAGAUAACUGAGCGACUAGGAGUUGAGCUGGGAAAGUCUGUUGUCUUUCAAGAGUCGAAUAGUGAGACGAGAGUGGAUGUGAAAGAAUCCGUCCGUGGACAAACUAUCUUCAUCAUCCAGACCAUCCCAAGAGAUGUCAACACCGCCAUCAUGGAGCUGCUGGUCAUGGCCUACGCCCUUAAGACCUCCUGCGCAAAGAACAUCAUCGGGGUGAUUCCGUACUUCCCCUACAGUAAGCAGUGCAAGAUGAGGAAGAGGGGCUCCAUAGUGUGCAAGUUGUUAGCGUCAAUGUUGGCCAAAGCAGGCCUCACGCACAUUAUCACCAUGGACUUGCAUCAGAAGGAGAUCCAGGGCUUCUUUUCUUUCCCAGUGGACAACUUGCGGGCCUCCCCAUUCCUGAUCCAGUACAUCCAAGAAGAGAUUCCAGAUUACAGAAACGCCAUCAUUGUGGCCAAAUCCCCAUCAGCAGCGAAGAGAGCUCAGUCCUAUGCAGAGCGUUUGCGCCUAGGCCUGGCUGUGAUUCACGGCGAGGCUCAGUGUUCCGAAUCUGACAUGGCCGAUGGAAGACAUUCGCCGCCAUGUGUGCGCAACACCACAGGACACACCGGACUUGAGCUACCCUUGAUGAUGGCCAAGGAGAAACCGCCCAUUACCGUUGUUGGAGAUGUGGGGGGGCGAAUUGCCAUCAUUGUGGACGACAUCAUAGAUGAUGUUGGAGACUUUGUCGCCGCUGCUGAGAUUCUGAAAGAGAGAGGCGCUUAUAAAAUCUACAUCAUGGCCACACACGGGUUACUUUCCGCCGAUGCUCCACGCCUCAUAGAGGAGUCUGCCAUAGACGAGGUGGUGGUGACCAACACCGUGCCCCACGAGGUGCAGAAGCUCCAGUGUCCAAAGAUCAAGACGGUGGACGUCAGCAUGAUCCUGGCUGAGGCCAUCCGCCGCAUCCACAAUGGCGAGUCCAUGGCUUACUUGUUCCGCAACAUCGCAGUGGACGACUAGGACACGCAAACAAAGCGCUCGCCAUCUUCCAUGAAGACAUUUUCCACCUUAUACCCAGGUAUUUUUUUCCCUUGCUCCAGGGUUUAUAAAACAUGUCUUUCCACACCAGUGAUGUUGAAAAGGUGCAUGGUGUAGAUGUGCUUCUCGGUGUAUGCCUAUGCAGCAGGUGGCGCUGUAACACCUCUGGAAAAGGCCAUGCAAAAUAUUAUAGACUGAUGAGUGGCUGUUUGGCCAGCUGGACUGAUGUGAGUGUCAAACAUUGGGAAUCACUACUGUAUCGUGACCAACAUAUGUAUUGGCUUUGACAAACUUGUGAAGGUACUAGACAUGAAAUGACUGAGAAGUAGCAAGAUGUUAUGUUGGUCUUGGCUGGGUCAUGUGGUCUUGGCUGUGCUGCACUGUGAUUGGCUGGCAUUUCACCCAGUCUUGUUUCCCCACUCCUGCUCGUCGCCAUGCAAACUUGUCACUUUUUUGUUAACAUUGCAAUGUUUGGAUUGUCACGCGUGGAGAAACAGUUCAACAAAGAUGUAUAUUUUAAAAGGAGUUAAAACUCCAAUGUUGAACAUUUAGAAUGUAAUGUUAAUUGAAUCGCCCAGCUGUGAUAUCAUCUUUCACCUUUAGUGUCACUGCAGACACUUUUCUUACCACGCUAUCAGCAGUUUGGUGUCCCGAUUCCAUAUUGAUAUCCGAUAUUGGCAAAAAAACUAAAGUAUUGGAUGAUAUCUGCUUGCAUCUAUAAUCUGAGAUACAAGCAGUCCUGCAGCGUGUUUACUUGUGUGUAAUAUCAUGUGCCACACAAGCAGUCCUGCAGCGUGUUUAAUGUGUGUGAUAUCAUGUGUGAUACAAGCAGUCCUGCGGCGUGUUUACUUGUCUGUGAUAUCAUGUGCCACACAAGCAGUCCUGCAGCGUGUUUACUGGUGUGUGAUAUCAUAUGCGACACAAGCAGUCCUGUAUCAUGUUUACUUGUGUGUGUGUGAUAUCAUGUGCGAUACAAGCAGUCCUGCAGAGUGUUUACUUGUCUGUGAUAUCAUGUGCGAUAUAAGCAAUCCUGCAGCGUGUUUACUUGUGUGUGUGUGAUAUCAUGUGCGAUACAACCAGUCAUGUAGAGUGUUUACUGGUGUGUGAUAUUAUAUACAAGCACUCCUGCAGAGUGUUUACUUGUGUGUGUGACACAAGCAGUCCUGCUGCAUGUUUACUUGUGUGUGAUAUCAUGUGCGAUACAAGCAGUUCUGCAGAGUGUUUGUGUGUGUGAUAUCAUGUGCGAUACAAGCAGUCCUGCAGAGUGUUUACUUGUGCAAAGCUGGACAGCCAGUUAACAUCUAAAUGUCCUUUUAACAUGCGCCCAAUUUCUUCUAUUUUUACUAAAUUAAUUUACAAAAGGUAAACAGCCUAGGCACGAGCAGCUACACAGCAGCUUAUUAUUAUUACCUAUGUCUAGCUUGUGUGCUAUUGUGUGCUUACACAAUAGCACACAAGCUAGACAUAGGUAAAAAUAAUUGAACAAUAUUACAGUUUAAAACAGCACAUUUGGUAAAAAAAAACCCAAGUAUUAAAUAAUUAUAGUUGCAUAUUAGUCUCUAAAGAAAGUGUAUUAGAACGGAUCCAGUAACAAAAGUGUCCGCAUCAUUCAACUUACCGCGGCAUGAGCUUAACUUAGUUAUUGCGACCAUGAGGUGUCACCAAACAAAACAAUUACCACUUCUCUUUAGUUAAAGUCCAUUCCAGACAGUUAAUAAUAAACAUCUUAGUGUUUUUCAUACCUACCAAACUUCAAACUUUGUCUAACAUUUCAUGCUUCAAGAUAUUAAAAGUGUGUUUGAGUCGUGCUGACAUCACAUCGAAUCACUGUCGGUAUCAGCCAAUACUCGAUAGUCCAAUAUCGGUUUUGGAAGUGAACCAAUUGUGUCGGGACACCCCUAGUCUUUAGCGUCAAGGCUGCCGGUGUGUUGAUCUGUUAGCAUUUAGUUUUUUCUUCCAAAUGUUAUUUUCAGAAGUCGUCUGAAUUUUUUUCUCAAUGUUUAAUGUUGAAGCCUUUUUUUUUUUCUUCCAAAAGUUGAAGUGAAAAGAGUUUUGAUUGUGUGAAAGCUACUUGGAAGAAAGUCCCCCUGUUUGACUGCAUUUUAGCUAGUUAGCAGUUGUGUCUGUGUAUAUGACGAUGAAUAAAAAUGAAGGCCCAAGAAUGAAAUAUGUACCAUUAACUUUUCAUCUACCUCCAUUUGUCUUCGUGCUGAAUAAGUUUAAAAAAAAAAAAAAAAAGCAUUGCAAAUGUUAGCGUGCUAAGAGGCUAACGUUAAAACGUGCAUUAGCAUUUAGCUAGCUUAUGUUGAGAGUGAGCGUGAUAAAGACAGACAGCCGCCGCGUGCCUCGAAGAUAUAAAAGGAUCUUGAUGUCUGGUUAUGUUUCUUGGUGACACGUGCACUACCUUUGGAACACGUGCACAUUUUCGGAGCGACGCGGUAGAUGAGCAUAUUUUUGUGCUUGAUCAGCCCUUUUGCUCAGGGAAAUAUACUUUUUAAACAAGUGCAAAUGUAUUGUUGUCAUGUUCCUGAUGGUGGUUUCCCUUUUCCCAUUUAGUCAAUUUAGUUAUCAGUGAAUUAUUUCUCCUGCGCUCGCAGACAGCUGCUGUCACUUAAUGAAGUCUUUGCUCCCUUUCCCCCUCAAGUCUUUGACAAUGUCAUUGAAAUUAAAGAAAUGGUUGCCCUUUGUUGCGCUAAAUGUUU